UGGUAGCAUUGGCAGUAAGCUUCUCACACCUAACUUACUAAAAACCUCUAAAGGUAUUGGACAGUUAGGAAAGACCUGUAGGAGGCAACCGUUUAUUCCUGUAGUUUUUACACACAUUUUCUGUUGAUGACUUUUUAGGCAGCUUCAUCUACUUUUUUUUAUAUUAUAUUAUGACUUUUGUCCCUACCAUAUAUCACUCUUAGUCCUGAUGUCUUAUACUUUACCCCGACCUUUUACCAGAGGUCAGCCCCUCCCCUUUCAGGAAGAAAGGCUGGUUUUCUAAAGUAUGAAUAAUUUGAUCUAUUUUGUCAUUUUUUUAACCUCAGCCCAUGCAUUUUCAUAUAGAUUUUGGAGGGAAAAUGCUGGCUCGGUCUUUGAAGAAUAUAUGAACUGAUGAGAAGCUAGUUUAUCAAUGCAAUGCAAAAGAUAAGAUGGUUCCACCCUAACCACUACACUCCAAUGUCAAGCUUUUUCUCAGUUUGCUGUCAGUAAAGUUACUGGCAGUGUGGGUUUUUCCCCCAGUGUUACACUUCCCCUCUCGUAUAUAAGACUUCUGCUUAUAUAAAAGGGCUCCCAGGGUGGGUGGGAUGUGGGGAUAUGGAGUUGUCUCAGUGGUUACAGGCCAUCUUAUUUCGUGCUAGAGGGGGGUUAAGGAGUGGGGAGGAGCAUAAGGGAGUUACAAGCUCCCCUGCUCUGUCGCUCCACCCCCCCGCGCGCUUGCUAAGGAUUGGUGGAGUGUGCGCGCUGAGAGUUGCCUUCCUGACCAUUUAGCCAUGCCCAGUCAGUGCUCAAGCACACAUGCAUUAAUUCUCCUUUUGACUAUGAAAAUAAUGACAAUUGUACUCAUCUGGCUAUCUCUUCUGAUAUCCACUGCUGUUGAAUAGUGUGGUAAAUUGUGCGGGGCUCAAAUCUCAAGUGCCUUAAAAUGGUUUAAGUGUUGUCAGGCAGACAGCUCAAUAUCUGCACUCCACCACCUGCGUCAGAUGCUGGUUUAGAAAGACAGGAACGCGCAGCAACAGCGAUGACUUCUUUAUUUCAGAGCUUUGGAGGCUUCUAGAUUCCAAUAAUUACACCACAGACCUUUUCCCCCCAUUGGCCAGGAUUCAAGAAAGCAGGCCAGGACAAAGAUUUGCAAAUAUUUCAUGAAAAUGCAAAAAGAACGAGAGACGAUGAUUAAUACUUCUUCCCUUUUGCUUCAAAUAUGUUAUAUUAUUCCCAAAUAAAUGGGAUCAGUUCAUUUGGGCAAGAUCAAGCCAGUAACUGCCCUCCUGUAGUUUAAUGUGAAAGCCAAAUUGAUGGACAGCUGGAAAUCUGACCUGACCUAAAUUGUACUGAUAAACUGGACAUAUAAAAGCCUUUCUUCCCUCCCCGUUACCCCAAGCAUUUUUUUUUUCUUCUUUGAAAUGAAACAGUCAUUGCAUGAAUGAAAACAAAGUAUAGGCUGUUUUAGGUUUGUUGUGAUUUCGAAGAACAAACAUGUUUUGUUUCCAUAUACAAAAAAAAAUAUGUAUUGUUUAAAGACUCUUACUAACGAUCCUGUUUUCUGAUUUUGUCUCUUUUGGUUUUUCCACAACUGAUAUUGUUAUUUAGAAGGUUUCAGGUGGGUGACACUAUUCCUGCGUAGGUGCCUGGCGGAAAGGAACACUAGGGCAGCCUCAGUCCUCCUCUUCUUCCAGCCAGCUGCGGCCACCACUCUGACAAAGUCCAAAAAUAUGGCAUGUUACCUGAAAGCUAUUGAGACUCAGCCCAACUUUGCAGUGGCUUGGAGCAACCUGGGCUGUGUGUUCAAUGCUCAAGGAGAGAUAUGGCUGGCCAUACAUCAUUUUGAAAAGGCAGUGACUCUGGACCCAAAUUUCCUUGAUGCGUACAUCAAUUUAGGAAACGUUUUGAAGGAAGCCCGCAUCUUUGACAGAGCUGUGGCUGGUUACCUGAGAGCCCUGAGUCUCAGCCCCAACCAUGCAGUAGUGCAUGGUAACCUGGCCUGUGUCUACUACGAGCAAGGCCUCAUUGACCUGGCUAUUGACACUUACCGUCGUGCUAUUGAACUUCAGCCCCACUUCCCCGAUGCCUACUGCAAUUUGGCAAAUGCCCUGAAGGAGAAAGGCAAUGUGUCUGAAGCAGAAGAGUGCUACAACACAGCCUUGCGUUUGUGUCCAACCCAUGCAGACUCUCUUAACAACUUGGCCAAUAUCAAGCGUGAGCAGGGCAACAUUGAGGAUGCAGUUCAGCUCUAUAGAAAAGCACUAGAGGUGUUCCCAGAGUUUGCAGCAGCUCACUCUAACCUUGCCAGUGUCCUGCAGCAGCAGGGCAAACUCCAGGAGGCCCUCAUGCACUACAAGGAGGCCAUCAGGAUCAGCCCCACAUUUGCUGAUGCCUACUCAAACAUGGGCAAUACACUGAAGGAGAUGCAGGAUGUCCAGGGAGCGCUGCAAUGCUACACCCGGGCCAUCCAGAUCAACCCGGCCUUCGCUGAUGCUCACAGUAACUUGGCCUCUAUUCACAAGGAUUCUGGAAACAUCCCAGAGGCCAUUUCAUCUUACCGCACAGCGUUGAAACUGAAGCCGGACUUCCCUGAUGCAUACUGCAACUUGGCACAUUGCCUGCAGAUUGUGUGUGACUGGACGGACUACGACGAGCGUAUGAAGAAGCUCGUUAGCAUCGUGGCCGACCAGCUGGAUAAGAACCGCUUGCCGUCAGUGCACCCCCACCACAGCAUGCUGUACCCACUCUCUCACGGCUUCCGCAAGGCCAUCGCUGAACGCCACGGAAACCUUUGCCUGGACAAGGUACACGCACUGAUCAAAAUCAACGCUCUGCACAAACCUGCUUUUGAGCAUCCGAAGGAUCUGAAGACCAGCGGCGGGCGUCUGCGUGUGGGAUACGUCAGCUCUGACUUUGGCAACCACCCCACUUCCCAUCUGAUGCAGUCCAUCCCUGGCAUGCACAACCCUGAUAAAUUUGAGGUGUUCUGCUAUGGGCUCAGCCCCGAUGACAGCACCAACUUCCGUGUGAAAGUGGUAGCAGAGGCUCAUCAUUUCACAGACCUCUCACAGAUUCCUUGCAAUGGCAAGGCAGCUGAUCGAAUUCACCAGGAUGGAGUCCACAUUCUGGUCAACAUGAACGGAUACACCAAGGGAGCCCGAAAUGAGCUGUUUGCCCUCCGCCCUGCCCCUAUUCAGACUAUGUGGCUGGGUUAUCCUGGAACCAGUGGGGCACCCUUCAUGGACUACAUCAUCUCUGACAAGGAGACGUCACCCUUGGAGGUGGCUGAGCAGUACUCUGAGAAACUGGCCUACAUGCCACAUACCUUCUUCAUCGGGGACCACGCCAACAUGUUCCCUCACCUCAAGAAAAAGGCUGUGAUUGAUUUUAAAUCUAACGGCCACAUCUUUGACAACCGCAUUGUUCUCAAUGGUAUUGAUCUGAAGGCCUACUUGGACAGUCUGCCAGAUGUGAAGGUGAUAAAGAUGAAGUGUGACAACAACCAGGAACCUGCUGGGGAGAUAAAUGGACAGCUGUCCAUGCCCGUCAUCCCCAUGAACACAGCAGCUGAAGCUAUCAUCAACAUGAUCAACCAAGGCCAGAUCCAGGUCACAAUCAAUGGAUUCACUGUCAGCAACGGCCUGGCCACCACACAGAUCAACAACAAAGCUGCCACUGGGGAGGAGGUGCCGCGCACAAUCGUUGUGACAACCCGCUCACAGUAUGGUCUCCCAGAGGACUCCAUCGUCUACUGCAACUUCAACCAGCUCUACAAGAUCGAUCCCCCUACUCUCCAGAUGUGGGCUAACAUCCUGAAGCGUGUGAGCAACAGUGUGCUGUGGCUUCUUCGCUUCCCUGCUGUCGGUGAGCCCAACAUCCAGCAGUACGCCCAGAACAUGGGUCUGCCUGCCUCUCGCAUCAUCUUCUCUCCUGUGGCCCCCAAAGAGGAACAUGUGAGAAGGGGCCAGCUGGCUGAUGUGUGCCUGGACACUCCUCUGUGCAACGGUCACACCACAGGCAUGGACGUUCUCUGGGCUGGAACACCCAUGGUCACCAUGCCAGGUGAGACGCUUGCCUCCCGUGUGGCUGCCUCACAGCUCAGCUGCCUGGGCUGCCCUGAGCUCAUAGCCCACAGUCGCCAGGAGUAUGAGGACAUAGCAGUGAAACUCGGCUCUGACAUGGAAUAUCUGAAGAUGGUCAGAGCUCGUGUCUGGAAGCAGCGAAUCUGCAGCCCUCUUUUCAACACCAAGCAGUACACAAUGGACCUGGAGAAGCUUUAUCUGCAGAUGUGGGAGCACCAUAGCAAUGGCAAAAAGCCAGAAGCCCUGGUCAAAAUCCAUUCAGUAGAGACCAGUGAGAAUGCCUAAACUGGAAGCAUGCUGAUUUAUUUUUCCUUGUACCCUUACCAUGUCCAGCCCUCCAUGUUUUUUUUUUUUAAACCAUCGUCUGCACCCUUGUUUGGAAUGGUCAGUGUCCACUCCUGCCCUCUCCCUCAAUGAUUGUCUCCAUCGCUCUCAUUCACUUUUAAUGGGACUCUUCUUUGUAAAGGAGCCCAAAGAUGUACACAUUUUUCCCCCAUCACAUCCGUUGUUACAUCACACAUCUGCAUUUCCUGAGCCAGAUGCAGCCUGAGACUUUUAGGCACCUCUUCUGAGACUCUUGUCCUAAAACACAGUAUAUUUGAUGAGCAUGAGGAUUGUGAAUGCCCUGCUACCCCUCCAGUCCUUGGAUCAGUGGAUUUGUGUUGGAUCAGUGGAUUUGUGUUCUGUCGGUGUGAGUACAGGACUAACUGCAGCUUGUGGAGAGAAUGCCCAGCCGUCAUUACUUGUUGAUCUAUUUAUAAAUGGAUUAAGAUUGUUGUGUGUUUUUAAAAGGAUAAUGUUGCCCCAUGGAAAUUGUAACUCUGACUUAAGUUUCAUCAGCUUUAACAUGCAAUUGUAAAACUUGGAUUGCAACUGCUCUUCAGUUUGUAUAAAGCUGUUAUUAAAUUACUGCAUUGAAUAUAUGUGCUAGUUUUUAAGGAAUAUGGUCUUGACAGACACUUUACCCCCCCCCCACACACACAAAAUGCCAACUUUUAUUCAUUUUAUCAAUCAAAGAAUAUGUUCAGUGGCUGUUCUGUUUGAUGUCACAAUAUGUUUAAGAAGAUUGAACAAAGAUGGUCAAAGGAGCUUCAACUCAUUGGAAAGGCCCUAAAUGUCAGUUUAGAUGUCAGUUGUUCACAAAUUGAUAUUUUUUUUUAACUCAAACCAGGAACGGCAUAGGUAAGUAUUUUCUAAGGGGUUUUUGUUUUUGUAUUGUCCGUUACUGUAUGCUGUCAAUGAUGCCGCGAGGUUCUAAAUAUAAUACGAAAAAUAAAGAGAUGGCAAAACUCUGUACUGUCUGUUGUACUCA